AUGAUCAUGCCGUUCAAAUCGCUGCUGGCCCUUCUGUUCGUAACUGCACAGGUCGGUUUUUCGAUAUUUUAUCGAAAAAGUUUCCAAGUUUGAUUCAAAGGCAAAAAAACUGGCCAGAGGGUUUUUUUUCGCCUUACAGAAAACUCUUCAUUUCUAACAUUUUUACUUUUUCGAACCGUUCUAUCAGGUUCUAAGCACUGUUGGAAACAAAUAAAAUGCGCGUUUUGAAACGAAGUUUAUGGAAACCGUUUUUGAUAGACAAAGUUUGUGACCUUUUACAAUCAAAAAUUCGAAUUUCGUAUCUUUUCUUGGCUCUUUCAAGCUAGAGAAGAGACGAUACAGAUCGAAUAACUUGAUCGGAAUCACUUUUUUCAACUUAAAAGUUUUGAAGUUUUGGUUGAAGCUGACAACGGCGAUCCACGUGACGCACGUCAGCGACUGCGGGGUCAACCGCGGCUGUUGGCGGUAGGUUUCAAUACGAUAUUUAUUAAAACUCAUUUAUCAAUCGUUUUUCCUUUACAAUAGGAGCUUAGAAAAUGGUUUCAGAGUUCCUGAGGGCUGCACGAACAGCGCGGACUGUAAGGCUAUCGUGACUUGGCGACAUCAUCGAACUUCUCUCACCAUCGAGCUCGAGGUGGGGUCAUCACUCCGAAUCUCUGAUUUUUUUGAAAUUAAGGCGGGACUUCAAAACGAAGGCAAUGAUGAAUGGAUUGGCGUAGGAUUUUCGAAGGACCGACAAAUGGUAAGUUUUUUCUUGAACAAAAAACAAAUCUUUUUCUUAUUCUUACGCCUUUUUUCCGCUUGAGCAGUAAAAGGUCCUGUCCUGAUAUCAGUGAGAAUCAGUGGACUGGCUCUAGUGACAAAACCGUUCUUGGGUUUGACGGCUGGGGAUUGUGAAGCCGUGGUUCCCCACUACCAAAAUUUCUAAACUUUUUGGUUAUGACGCGGCGGGGAUCGUACUGGUGAACCUUCGGACUGUAGACACAACCUGUUGCGGUACGGCGCGCCGGUCGAGCAAAAAUAUUUCAUUCGAAAAUUCCAUCUAUUCUUGCUGUUUUUGAGGAACAGUGGAUAAUUUUUUUUUAUGAACGAAGUCAGCUACUAGGCAAAAUUCAGGGAAAUGACACGGUUUUUGAAUGUCACUUCUCGGAAACAACCCCUUCAACGGCAUAUCUCUCGCACAACUCCGCCAAAAGAAACGUCGUUCUCGAAAAGGUUCCAUUCCGAAUUACUUUCUCAAAAGUCACCAGAAUCCAGGCUUCUUCACUCCUUUUGAAAGACGCCUACGCUGAACGGUUCGACGGACGGGGCAUCUGCGGCGCCGAGUGGAAACUCGACAACUUCGCCCUGAGCAGCGAGGACAAGCGCCUGGUUUUUCUUUUUUUCAAUAAUCCUACUUAACUUACCGUAACUUGCAAUUAAUUGACUCCAGAAAAAUGUAAACUUUUUCUUUUCACCCUGUUUUGCUAUUCCUGUGCCAGCGGAAAAUGAUUACGUUUUUUCACCGAGUUUUUUUUUAGAAGAUCGCAGGUCUAAAAUUGUUACAUUCACGAAAACAAUUUCAGGUCCACAUAAUAUCUUCGGGACAAUACUACUUGAUGAUCGCCACUGGAAACUUACAGAAAGGUUUCCUCUUUCUCAAAAUUCCAUUUUUAAAAUUAAAAUUCAGGAAAGAAAGAGAUGCAUAAAAUGAGUGGGAAACUCGCUCCAUGGAUAUCUAACGAGCCGGUAAUCAGUCUGAAUCGGGGAAAAGAAAUCGAAAAAUUGUUGCAGACGAGGUUUUGUCACCGAUGUUCCGCGUCGGUGAACAACAUCGAUUUUGUCAAGGCUUAG